AUGACUCUUUGGCUGGCAAGUCCGGACAGCGUACCCAUGCCUAAUUGCCGAACACCUUUCCUUUAUCCUCUGCACAAUCCCACGACAUUGACGACUAACUCACAAUCGACACGCAUCGAAUCUCCCCACUCCGAGCACGCCGUUUCUCGACUGCCCAGCGCCGCUGCAAGACCCCCCCCCCCCCGCCUUGCUCGGUGUGGCACAUCGCAUCUCGAGAGUUACGAAAUUGCCACAGCCAUGGCCGGCUUCGCCCAGUGCUCCUGGCCGAUAUGGCGGGUAGACGACUUUAGUCUUUGUUUUCAAGUCGAGUACGUGGCUUCUCCGACCCCUUUCUCUAGAGAUAUACCCUUUGCCUCUCUCACUCGAGCCCCUGUGGCCUCCGCUAACUUGUACCUCAGCUACCUCCGAGUCAUAAUUCCUCUCCUCUUGGUUACCCUAUCUGCUUCGCGCGUCAUCAUUUUCAACGUCGCUCGAAUUCUUGAGAACCGUCGAACGCAGGGCUACGAUGCCAUUGACGAUGCUGACCAUGUCACUGACCACACCGCUCUACCGCCCGACCCUGACUCCGGGUCCGAACGAGAUGUCGAGAUCCAUGGCGGUCGCCUGUCCAAGACCAUUUCGCGCGGCUCCGUUGUCCACGCCGACCAGCCGCACGGCCAACUGCUAGCCAACCUAGUCGAAAUCCUCGCCAUUGUCGCCGUCGUCGUUGUCAAUAUCCUCGCCCUCGCCACCGGCACCGGUUCUUACGGCCGCCGCGCCCGCCUCGCCGCCGCCGUGAGCUUGGUCGUAUGGCUCUACACGCUCGCCCUCGUAUCUCUCCGCCUGUUCCUCGGAGCCUCGAAAUGGAGAGUCCCUCACCUCUGGAACCACACAGCCACCAUCUACGGCAUCACAUGGACCUGCUCUCUUGUCAUUGUCCGCUCUGCCCUCAUCAAGCCGAGCUCACAACUAGCCGAGGCCAUUGCCAUUGCCGAGUUUGCUGCAAUUACGGUUCUGUGGGGAAUGACCAUUACCACACGCAAGGGCAACAAAACUGUACUGAUGGAGUGGGAAAAUGGUUUGGAACCUUCCCGUGAGCCCCUCGCCAGUCUCUUCUCCAUUGUCACCUUUUCGUGGGUCGACGACAUCGUCUGGGCCGGCUGGAAGACUCCUCUCGAAAUGGAUACCGUCUGGAACCUCUUGCCCAAGGACAAGGCUGCCAAUGUCAUUGCCAGCUACCGCUCUUUCAAGCAAACCGGGUCUCUAGUCGUACAUCUACUCAAGUACUUCCAGGGGCCUCUCAUCGGCCAGUGCCUGCUCGCCGCCCUUGCCGGUGUCUUUACUUUUGCGCCCACCAUGUUGCUCAAGAACAUUCUUGAAUACGUCGAGGAUCCCGAUGCCGCCCCGCGCAACGUCAUUUGGCUCUUUGUUAUUCUCCUUCCCGUCCUCGACACCAUCCGCUCCAUCAGCGACAAUAUCAGUCUCUGGACAGGGCGCAAGAUCUGCAUUCGAAUGCGCGCCAUCAUCAUUGGCGAUGUGUAUGCCAAGGCCCUCCGCCGCAAGGCCGCUGCCGGUCCGGACAAGACGCUGGGCGUCUCCCAGCAAGAAACUGAACCCGCCAACAAGGGUGCCCUUUCGACCAUCAAGCGCGUGUUAGGAUUCAAGGGCAAGAAGAAGGUCGAUUCCAACCCCCAAGACAAGAUCGCCGCCACCGCCGACGACCAAGCAAACUUGGGUACCAUCAUUAACCUCAUGUCUGUCGAUAGCUACAAGAUUUCAGAAACCACUGCCUACCUGCACUUCCUCGUCGGUGCAGCACCCGUUCAGCUCGCCGUAUCCGUGUUCCUACUCUGGCAGGUUAUGGGUCUCAGCGCCAUCCCCGGCAUUGUCGUCAUGAUUUUUCUUGUGCCUGUCAAUUAUCUCCUCGCCAAUGGCUUCAGCGUCACCUCCAAAAAUAUCAUGGCUGCUACUGACAAACGAAUCAACAUCACCAACGAAGUUCUACAAAACAUUCGCAUCAUCAAGUACUUUGCUUGGGAGAAGCGCUUUGGCGUCAUCAUCGAUGAGAAGCGCGAGAACGAACUCAAGGCCAUGCGUUCUCGCUACGUCCUCUGGUCUGUAGCUGUCGCUAUCUGGAACUCGGUUCCGGUUCUCAUCACAUUCUUCUCCUUUGUCGUCUUCACGCUCGUUGAAAAGAAACCGCUCUAUCCCUCCAUCGCCUUCACAGCCAUCUCGCUUUUUAUGCUUCUGCGUAUUCCACUAGACAUGCUAGGUGAUAUGCUUGCCCACGUACAAGAAGCCAAAGUCUCGGUUGAGCGUGUGGAGGAAUUCUUGCAAGAGGGUGAGACUGAAAAGUACGAACAGCUCGGUGCCGACAACACCGACGAAGACGGUGUCAAACGCAUUGGCUUCCGCAACACAACUCUCUCCUGGAGCAGUAAAGAUGGCAACAUGGAGGAUGGCCCUGGCGCUUUCCGCCUGUGGGAUCUCAACAUUGACUUCCCCAUCGGCAAGCUCAAUAUCAUUGCCGGCCCGACUGGCUCUGGCAAGACCUCCCUUUUGAUGGGUCUUCUUGGCGAGAUGUCGCUAUAUUCUGGCAAGGUGUUUUGCCCCGGCGGUCGCAAUCGCGACGACGUUAGACCCGACCCCGAAACUGGCCUCGCCGACACCAUUGCCUAUGUUGCCCAGACUUCUUGGCUUCUGAACGGUAGCAUUAAGACCAAUAUUCUUUUUGGCACCCCUUACAACGAGAAGCGAUACAACGAUGUCAUUGCUGCCUGCGCCCUUGAACGCGACCUCGAUAUUCUUGACCAUGGCGACGAGACCCUCGUAGGUGAAAAAGGCAUUACACUCUCUGGUGGUCAAAAACAGCGCAUAUCCCUCGCCCGUGCGGUCUAUUCUGACUCUGCUCACAUUCUCAUGGAUGAUUGUCUUUCCGCCGUCGACUCCCAUACAGCUCACUGGAUUUUCCACCACUGUAUCAAAGGCCUGCUCAUGGAGAAUCGAACUUGCAUCCUCAUCACCCAUAACGUUCAGCUCUGCGCUCCCCUGUCUGACUUUAUCGUCGUUCUUGAAAACGGCCGCGUCAAAGCCCAAGGCGCAUCUGCCGACCUGAUUGCCGCUGGCGAGCUAGGCGAGGACCUGCAAAAGUCCCGCCCCGGUUCUGCCCUGCCGUCCCGAGCGCCCUCUCGCGCCUCAAGCAUUGGCGACACCACCGUCGUAGGUGGCUCACCCGAUGGGCUGUACAAGCCCAAGACUAAGAAGAAGGUGGCCCCUCAAGUAGAUCCCAUGGAUGAAGGAAAGGCAACGGGUGCUAUCAAGUGGCCCGUGGUGAAGAUGUAUCUCUUUUCCAUGGGCUCCUAUUGGUUCUGGAUUAUUGCCCUCAUCGUCUUCCAGCUGCAGCAGCUAGCGCCCGUUGCCACCAAUGUCUGGGUCCGGGCCUGGGCUAACCAGUAUGUUGAAAAAGACGUUCGUGGCGUCGCAUUCAGCCCGGCUAGCGCCACGUACAACAGCCAGUUUCACCCCAAAGCUGCGUGGGCCACAAUCGCGAAAUUGGGCAGCAUACAGGUCAACCAGUCGCCUGCCUACGCCGGCGCCUACACGCUCACCAGCCAGUUGCCAAUGGGUACCGCUAAGCCUGCAUAUGACGUGGACGCCGUCUACUAUGUUUUUGGCCUUGCCUUUAUCGGUGCUCUUGGUGCUUUUACCGCCUUUGUCCGCGACAUUUGGAUCUUCUUUGGUUCCCUGACUGCAUCUCGUCGUCUACACGCUGCUCUGCUCAACUCUGUUAUGAGAGCGCGUUUCAAGUUUUUUGACGUCACCCCUCUUGGUCAGAUUAUUAACCGGUUCAGCAAGGAUCUAGAAGCUGUUGACCAGGACAUCGCUCCCACUGCGAUUGGCGUGCUCGCCUGCGCCCUGUCUCUGAUCGUGACGGUCAUACUUAUUGCCGUCAUCACGCCUGCCUUCUUGAUUGCUGCCGUCUUCAUCGGAAUUCUCUUCUAUGGUGUCUCCGUCCUUUACCUCCGCGCGUCUCGCGACCUGAAGCGCCUCGAAUCUGUGCAGCGCAGUCCCCUCUUCCAGCAGUUCGGCGAGACGCUUAGUGGCAUGACGACCAUUCGUGCCUAUGGUGUUGAGCGCCGCUUCAUCCUCGAAAACCUAGACAAGGUCAACACGUCGAAUCGCCCCUUCAUCUAUCUUUGGGCCCUUAACAGAUGGCUGGCCUUUCGUGCGGACUUCAUCGGCAACAGUGUCUCCUUCUUUGCCGGUGUUUUCAUCAUUCUCAGCAUCGGCAAGAUUGACGCCGGUGCGGCGGGUAUCUCACUCAGCUAUGCCAUGAGCUUUACCGAUAAUGUCUUGUGGUUGGUUCGACAGUAUGGCACAAACGAACAAAAUAUGAACUCGAUGGAGCGAAUUAAGGAAUACCUUGAUGUUGAGCAGGAGGCGGACGCCGUUGUGGAGGAUAACCGCCCCGCUGAGUCGUGGCCGGAGAAAGGAAGUGUCGAGUUUGUCAACUACAGCACACGUUACAGAGCCGACUUAGAGCCUGUCCUGCGCAGCAUUUCCGUCAAAAUCAACGCCAAAGAAAAGGUGGGCAUUGUCGGCCGCACCGGUGCAGGCAAGAGCUCCCUCACACUGGCCUUGUUCCGUGCCCUCGAGGCAGACAAGGGCGAGAUCCUCGUCGACGGAGUCAACAUUGGCGCCAUCGGUCUCCGCGAUCUGCGCGAGAAGAUUACCAUUGUGCCUCAAGACCCAACCCUCUUUACCGGGACGCUGCGGUCCAACCUCGACCCUUUUGACCAGUACACCGACGAGCAAGUAUUCGAGGCUCUGCGCCGCGUGCACCUGAUUGGCGAAGAGGAUGCCAGCACGCCGGCAACACCGGUAUCCGCCCUUGCCAGCAACAAGAACAUAUUUCAAGAUCUUGCCUCGCCCGUCGCAGAGUCCGGAUCCAACCUGUCCCAGGGCCAGCGCCAGCUUCUGUGCCUGGCCCGCGCGAUGCUCAAGAAGCCAAAAGUGCUCGUCAUGGACGAGGCUACGGCGUCCAUCGACUACAACACCGACUCCAAGAUCCAGGACACAAUACGCGAGAUGCGCGGCACUGUCAUCACGAUUGCGCACCGUCUGCAGACGAUUGUCGACUAUGACAAGGUGCUGGUCUUGGAUAAGGGGGAGAUGGUCGAGUAUGCGCAUCCGUGGAAGCUGAUAAGCGACGAAGAAACACAAUUCUAUAGUAUGUGCGAGUCGAGUGGCGACUUAGAGAUCCUAAAAAAGGCGGCUAAGAAGAAGUGGGACGAGGACUGCCUUGUGAGUGUAGAGGCGUGA